UUUCAGUUAGAGUUGGGGGAAUAUGUGUGGUCAGCCCAUUCUUCCCUUAUCCAGCUCAAAAGAUACGAUAACGUCCAGCAACAGGCUCCACUUGAAAAUACAGCUAUGCAGAUUGUUUCCUCUGAUAUUUUUCCUGCACUGGUUAAGGACGACUCAGAUUCUCCAAAGAAAUGGGGGACUGGUCCAUUCUUGGUCGCUUCCUAACAGAAGUUCAGAACCAUUCCACUGUCAUCGGAAAGAUCUGGCUGACGAUGCUGCUCAUCUUCCGCAUCCUGCUUGUGGCCCUGGUGGGGGAUGCCGUCUACAGCGAUGAACAGUCCAAGUUCACCUGUAACACCCUCCAGCCUGGAUGCAACAACGUCUGCUAUGACACAUUUGCUCCCGUCUCACAUUUGCGCUUUUGGGUCUUUCAGAUCGUUCUCGUCUCCACUCCUUCUAUUUUCUACAUCAUUUAUGUCCUGCAAAAAAUCACCAAGAAUGAGAAGUUGGAGGUGAAGCAUACGGAAGUAAUGCCGGGUUCCUCACCUCUGAUGGAGAGAUGCAGUCACAUAGGAGUAGAUGAAGAGACAGCACUGGAAGCUGGAGGUACCGGUCGCACUACUUGCAACAAUGAGGACUGGAGCUCACAGGGAGGUGAAUAUGAGGAGAGUCAGCUGGAAGAGCAAGUGACAGAAGUAGGAAAGGACCCAACCCAACUGUCCAGUCAAGUCCUCCUUAUCUACAUCAUACAUGUGCUGCUGCGCUCCAUCAUGGAGGUGAUCUUCCUCAUUGGGCAGUACUACCUGUUUGGAUUUGAAGUUCCACAUCUGUUCCGCUGUGACACCUACCCCUGUCCAAACAGAACUGACUGCUUUGUGUCCCGAGCAACGGAGAAGACCAUCUUCCUCAACUUCAUGUUCAGUGUCAGUCUUGGUUGCUUCAUCUUAAACAUUGUGGAGCUGCAUUAUCUUGGCUGGAUUUACAUUUUCAGAGUCCUGUUCUCUGCAUGCUGUCCGUGCUGUGAGUCGGACAGAGGCCCCGUGGAGCAGGUGGAACUGUAUUCUGACAGCAACCCGCUUCUGCUUGACCUCAAACACUCUUUACGUGGAAGGGUUGUCCUGCAGACCAGCUCUCCUGUGUCCAGGGACAAGAUCAGCCGUGUCCCAAACCAGGCGCCGGCCAUCUCCUUUGAGACAGACUCAACACUGGAGUGCACCUCGAAGAGAAAUUCAGAUGAAAAAGAACGCACCAAAGCUAAACUGCACAACUUGGGCAAAAUUGGAAGGGGCAAAAAGUCAUGGCUUUGAAUUCAGACUAUUUCCUUUGUAUUAUAUCCAUUUUUUUCUCACUUUUGACUGCAGUUGUGUAUCUCAUAUGGGAUUUUUACUUUACAGAAUUGUUUAAGUAGGCUAUGAAGUUAGUAAAUAUUAAAAGUCUGUGAUAACUGGUACAAUUUCAUACAGAAAUUUAUAGGUAAAGUGAAUUUGUUUCUUGCCUCAGAAAAUUCCAGCUUGUGCAAAAAAGACUUGUAUAAGCUUCUGGAAUCAUUGAGAUUAUAUUUAUUGCCAAGUGGAGUACUGAUGUUAAAUGUAGUGCAGCAUUUAAUGAAACAGUUCCUCUAAAUGUAGUCAGACCAGUGUAUUUGCUAUAGUUCAUUCAUACCACCACUUACUGUUAUACUUACUCUAACAUCCCUGCAGAAAUAAGGACCAUAAACUGUCCUUUGUGAAUAAGCUGACAAUGUUUUAGGCAUCAGUGACUCAAAUCAAAUGUCAGUCAUGAUUCAUCCUUUUAAGCAGCCAUGCUCAAGAGCUCUAAUUUGGUUUAAAAGUCUCUAUUGUGGUCUGAUUCUCAUGGUUCUGUCCUUCUGAACUGUGCUACAAGAUGCCAAAUUUAUGCAAAGUCAGUGGAGUGUAAACUGUACAGGACAUGUGCUAUAGUAGAGCAUUUAGAGUUUCUCUGUUGUGACAAGAUAGUUUAAAAAAUGCUACCCUGCAUAGCAAUUACCUCUCAUAAUAAAUCAAGCAUUCAAAAGCUUAUAUUUAGUAAUUUUGAUAAUCCAUGCAAGAUUCAGAAAAUGUGGAAGCAUGGGAUGCACAAAGUGGGACUAUUUGCAUCACAUAAACAAACAGAAAACACAUUCUAUGUAUUAUCAAAUGUAAAAUGAAGAACCUAACAAUAUCUUAUCAAAUCUUAACUGUCAGUAUCAGUCUGUUUACAAGCAAAACGGGACAGUAUGGCAGUCUUUGGGUUUUAGUAAAUAAAAAGACCAGGAGGGGUCACUGCUGUCCAGUGUUUCCUCGUGCUGCCUUAAAGUACUGUUGGAAUUAUUAAAAACUACAAUUCAAUAUUGACGACCCAGAUAGUGUAUAGUUGUAGAAAGCGCGUCCACCAUAGACUGAAUAAGAAAUAUCUUUCUUACUCAGUCUAUGGGGUCCACAUGUAACACUUAAAGACGGAUUGCGUUUUACCUCAUGACACUGAAGAUACAGCAAACGUUGUCAGACAAUCCUAAAUUUUACUAAAAGUUUUUUUUUUUUAAAUAGUUGAUUUUUUUGCUGCAGCAUAUGCAUCUAUUAUAGAUCUGUUGCUAUUUCAUAAAAAUGAAAAAUACAAAAAUGAGAUUUGUUGCAUCAUUUUAGAGCGCGUAUAUCCGGCGAAAGUUACACAAAGCCGGACGUUACCGGCAGGUAUUUGAACGCAUCACAAGUGCAUUUCUCGCACCUACUGACAAUUCCAAGGAAGAAAAUGCCGAAAACUUCUAGUAUGACACCAACGCUGUCAGCUGUGAACCAAAGCAGAUGACAUUUCAGGACAUCCAUGCCUGCUCUAGAUGCUCUCAUGUGCAUUCAUGAGACUCUUGUAAUAAUCUCUAUGAAAUUGACAGUUUCUCAUUGUAAACAAAUCUAAUUGCUAAGAAGCUGCAGGAAACUUCAAGCAUGUU